GGGACUUGGAGUCGGACGUCGGCGGUUGCGCAGCAUCCGUUGGGGGCGCGCGGCGUUGCUGGUCUCUCGUAGGAACAAGGCAGCCAUUGCCGCCGCGGCCGGGAAGAGCGCUCUCUCUCCUCACGGCCCGCAGGACUCAGCGCCCGGCGACGAGCUGAAGAAGCGAGCGGUAGUCACGCGGUCGUUUUAAUCGGGCAUAUCCCCGUUGUUCCCCAAACGAGCGCCGCUGCCGGAAUGCCGGUUCUUGCCGUGUUUUCAGGCAGACGGUUACAGUUACGUAAGUGUGGCCUUCCCCCGCUGACCCUGUGUGGAGAGAUGCGGCAGGGACCGAGCUGACCCUGCCUCAGCUGCUGUGAGCCCCAGGGGGGUUCCAAAGGGCAGGUGGCCCUCGCAGGGGACCUGUGCACUUGUGGCAUGGAGAGCUGUCGUCACAGGCCGUGCAUCCCUGGCAGUUCAGACUGAUCCGGAUAGGUGCAGUGAGCCGUGCUUUACCCUCAGCAGAAGGCCGGUGCCCUCCUUGCUGGCGCUUCUCCGGUGGCACACAUCACACUUAAGAUGAGUGGCUGCCGUGUCUUCGUUGGACACUUAAGCUCACGUGCUCGGGAGCGGGAUGUGGAGAAGUUCUUCAAAGGAUAUGGACGCAUACGAGAAAUCCAUCUAAAGAAUGGAUUUGGAUUUGUGGAAUUUGAAGACCACAGGGAUGCUGAUGAUGCAAUUUAUGAACUGAAUGGAAAAGAGUUGUGUGAUGAAAGGGUCACGAUUGAGCAUGCUCGAGCCAGAAGAGGAAGGGGCAGAUUCGCACAGCGGUUCAGUUAUUACUCGCAGAGUGGAUCUAGCCGGUAUGGACCCCCUGUUCGUACUGAGCACAGGAUCAUAGUUGAAAACCUUUCGUCCCGUAUCAGCUGGCAGGACUUGAAAGAUGUCAUGAGAAAAGCAGGGGAGGUCACCUAUGUGGAUGCACACAGAAACAACAGGAAUGAAGGGGUUGUGGAAUUUGCAUCUUACAGUGAUAUGAAGAGUGCACUGGAAAAAUUGGAUGGCACUGAGCUGAAUGGACGCAGAAUUAAACUGAUUGAGGAUCACAGGAGGCAUAGAAGCAGAUCUCGAUCAAGGAGUUACUCAAGGUCUCGCAGCAAGUCCAAGUCUACAGGAUCUUCGAGGUCAUACAGCCGGUCCAGGUCCAGGUCCAGAUCAAGGUCCAGAUCCAGGUCCAGGUCCAGGUCUCGCUCUCGAUCCCGCUCCCGCUCCCGGUCUCGUUCUCGCAGCCGUACACCUAAAAAGAGCUACUCCCAGAAGAGUCACCGCUCCAGCUUGCCAGCUUCUUCCCCAUCUCCCUCUUCUUCUAAAAGAAAAUCUCGUUCUAGGUCGAGCUCUGCUCACAGCCGUAGUUAACCUGCUCUUAGAGAUGUAUUAAUGCAUUUAAUUUGAUUCAAGUUUCUCGAAGACUUGAGACAAAUUACACAUGAGAACUGGGAGGGGAAGUGUUAACGUGAUGGAAAGGUAACCUCCUUUUACAUUGCCAAAGUGCCUGUCAUCAAAUAGGCCGUCUCUGUGAGGAGGGGCUGUCAGCUUUCUCCUUUCAGUGAAGUCUGGAGUGGGAAGUCUUUUUUGUUGUUUAUUUUUCCUGCUAUUAGUAAACGUUUCUAUUAUAGAUAUAUUACGUACACAUAACGCUGAGGUAAUGGGAUGAGACAAUACGCUGCUUUCGCCCUCUCCUGCCCCCAGAUUCCCCUCCACCUUCAAGGCCUUUGACUUCCAAAAUAGUAUGUUAUCUUUUGUCCUUGAGACGGAAUCCGAGAACAGGAAGUAUACAUUUUAUUCCUUAAAGUUCUGUGGCUACUCUUCUGUGCGAGUAUGAAUGGACCAGCUGAAUUUAGUUUAGAGUUCACUUCUUUCCCCAUUGCUUGGCUUAAGAGGCUGUUUAAGUUCCAGCUUUAAAUGACCUUGGUAAUACGCUUAAUUUGCAACAGACUUUCAGGAAUACACCUUGGCCAGUUGAAUAUUGUACGUUUGGCUAGUGAAUCAAUACAAUGUUAACCAGCACUAAAAGCUGGAUUUUCCUGUUAAAAUGAGUCAUGCCAUCCAGGUGUCAGGAUUAUUGCGAAUCCAUUAUACUAAUUUUCCAGUAAUUCACUAGUAUGUGAUAUUGUAUGUAGAGGCCUUAUUUGACAGGUGACUCCAUAAAACUGCACAGAAAUGUCAAUAUGCAUGUCCAUGUUUUUAAUGUUGAUAAAAGUGGCAUAGUUUUCAUACCAAGAAGUAUGAUACUGAAUAUUGUGUGUAUGACUAGCAAUAGUCUCGAUGGAACAGAAAGUUAUUUUAGUAAAGAACAGCAGCAAAUAAUCCCAGGUAAAGCAUAGUCAGUUGUGACAGCAAAAGUUAAUCAUGUUUAAGGGUAAGGAGGAUAAUUUCUUUCAGUCUCCUGAAUGCACAGUUGUUUUGAUUAAUAGAAAUUUCCACUGCAAAUACUGUUUGUUCUUAUAAUUUGGAAUAAGAUUUUUUUAACUUCUGGAUUGUUAAAGAAGGGAAACGUUUUUGGAAAAAAUACGUGUAAAUUAAACUCAGAAGUCUUACAUGUGUUGAAAUGUACCAAUCCUAGUAAAAUAAAACCUUUUUCUGGCUUACGUUA